UCUAAUGUCAAUCAACAAAUUUGCUCAAAUUUUUCGAUAGAAGUUCGAACUGAACGAUGAACGACGAAAUCCUGCAGCACCAUUUCGAUGAGGUGUUCAGUGCCCUGCAAGACAAAGAGAAUUUCGAAAUUUUUACCAAAAUCAAGCACAUCAAGACUCCCAGAGUAAAACGUACGUUCUUCAAAAUAAUGAGUCCGUCAGACAUGCCCGCGAAUUGGAUUGAGACGGAAGAAGAACUGAGCCUCUCGGAACGGAUACCGAGAACAUAUUGCGGCGAAGAUCCUUCUUCGCGAAGAUAUCAAACAACCAGGUCGGGAAAAAUAAUCGAACGGCCGAAAUCACCGUUAGUGGGACUACGUGGGUUAAAGGAUAACGGGACAGGUGAUGCGAGCCUAAAUCAGUGCAGACAUUGCAAAAGAUAUUUCGUUGGAGACUUUUUCGACGGUCAUGAAGUGCGCUGCAUUAAAGGUCCAUUUGGAAGCUAUUAAAUGUAUACAUUUAUAAAAUAAAU